AUGGCUUUUUUCUAUUUAUCUGCUAAUUUUCUUGCUCUGGUUGUAUCGGCGAGUUCUGUGAAGACUUCGAAAGGACAAACGCCAAACGUCGGGUUUGUCUUCACCAGUUUUCUUGCUCACGAAGGCUACCAUUUAAACGUUACAACUGUUGGUACAGAACAGGUCCAAGACUCCUGUGAGUGCGCGUUCAAGUGUCUGGAGAAGGAUCCAUGUUUGUCCUUCAACUUGGCAGACUUGGAUGAUAACAUUGACAAUCUGCUAUGUGAACUGCUUCCAUUUGACUAUUACACCCAUUCAGACAAGUUCAUCACCAACCAUCUUUGGUAUCACUACAAUAUUGGGUCUCCUUGCUCGAAGUUGCCAUGUCAGAACGAUGGAACUUGUGUACCUCUGUACCGGAAAAACAGCUACAAGUGUCGCUGUUCGAAAGCAAACACAGGAAGCCACUGCGAAAAAGUUGAUAAUGACUGCAGCUGUUCAUCAGGACCAGAAGGAAAACAGAGAUGCAAAAUAGAGUACCUUAUGGUGUUUCCGGAGCUGCGUUCUACGGAAAAUUACGCCAUGAAGAAUCCAGCCAUAACUUCAGAUCUCAGCCAGUUGUCGCUGUGUUUCUUCGUCAAACUUGUUCAAGACCAAGGGGAUCAGAUAGUCGUCAGCUAUGCCUGUGAACAUGGCAAUGACAUGAUUGUCGAAAUUUAUCCAACACGAACAGAUUUUUUUGUUGGCAACAAGUUGUUCCGUUUUAAUUCGACAAAUCUCUAUGAUGAUACCUGGCAACACGUGUGUCUCACCUGGGAAAAUACUCAAGGAGCAACGAAACUCUAUAAAGAUGGUCAAUUUACAGAACAGGUAACGAAUCAUGCCACUAAAAAUUACGCACUUAAGGCUGGCGGCUUCCUGGUGCUUGGACAAGAGCAAGACUCUAUUGGCGGAGGCUUUGAUCGUGAGCAAACUUUUUAUGGCCGAUUGGCAAGUGUCAACAUGUGGGAUAAAGUUCUGUCCGAAAGCGACAUUGCUGCUCAGUACACAAAUUGCAGCGUGCCUCAUGGCUCUGUUUUUAACUGGUCGGUAUUCAAAAGUCUUACUCAUGGCAAUGUCACAGUUGAAGAGCCGUGAACUAAAUUGUUUAGAGAUCAAACACUCACGACUCAUAACUCACGUCAUGUAAAAUUCCUUAUAUAAGCGUAUUUACUAUAGGCAUUACUGAAUCACGUGGUAUAAGUACAAAAUAGAUAGCGAAAGCUAAACUGAGAGCACGAUAAAAUUGAGCAAAGAAAAUUCAAGGAACAGAGAUGUAUGUUCCUGAUCCCGGUCUAGAUAUAGAAAAUGUGAUCUCCACUAAAAGCAUUUAUAGAUAGUCCCUCGCACGAACAGGUCGGUAUGGGGGCUAAUUGAUCGUAAGCACAGAUAUAAGAAAGCAACUGGUAUUUUACACGAAAUACUAUUUAAUUGUGUGACUUUCCAGUUUUGAAGCCACUGCUGUUUCCGGGGGAAGUGGAACGUUCUGGGACAGUUUCAAUUUAGACAGUUUGAAACAUUGAAAACAUGGAAAAGGAUAAGCGGUGACAGCUUUCUCUUUCAAACAAGUCUUGCUGCACUGCUUGUACUAUUUAAAGAAUUAAAACAUCUAUAAACGUUUACGAAUUUCUUUCCGCUUUUUCAAUU